AUGAGCGCGCAACUCGAAGAGAAGCGCAGGGAGGACCCUCACAGGAUGGUGUGGAUCCCGAAGCGCUGCGAGGCGCAGGGCUGCGACAAGAGGGAGAACCUGAGCACCUGCGCACGUUGCGCCUGCGUCAUGUACUGCUGCGGCGACUGCCAGAAGGCGGACUGGGGCCGCCACAAGAAGGAGUGCAAGCACCUCGCGGAGCUCGGCGUCUGGGGCUACCCCUUCACGGACGAACAGAGCCUCAAGCAGCACCCGCUGGCGCCGGCGCGCGCCACCGGCAAGGACGCCCGCCCGCGCCGCACGGGCCCGCAGCCGCCGCGCGCGUGCACGAUGUGCGGCAGCACGCGGAAGCUCAAGCGCCUCGAGUGCUGCGGAGAGUGGAUUUGCGACGCGCAGGACGACUACGUGAUGUUCAGCUACAGCAGGGACUUCUGCGACCGCAACCACGAGCGGUACACGCGGUGCGCCUCGCACGCCAACGACAAGCACAGGGGCGACUGGCGCACGUGCAAGGAGUGCGCGUCGCUCGGCGAGGACGACCUGGGGCGCAACUGGCACGCCACGUGCGGGUACAACUUCGUGCCGCCGCUGGAGAAGGACUGCCCGAAGGGAGAGAUGCUGACGGAGACGUGCGUGGAGUGCAAGCGCCGGCUGUUCCCGGGCCUCGAGAAGUACUCCCGCAGCUUCAUGCCCGUCGCGAACCCCUACACGUGUCAGGAGUGCAGCGGGAUGCCGUCGGUGCCGCCGGGGCUCAAGGCGCCGGGGGUGUACGACAGCGAGGGGCGGGACAUCAGCGAGAAGUACAUUCAGAAGAUGAUCGCGCGCUUCGGCCUGUGA